AUGGCUUCUCCCAACAGCAACUCGUACUCUACAACCAAGUAUCUGGCCCAGGAGCGGACUCAAAACACCACUAUUCCAGGCGGCAGUCGGUCAACAACACUCUCAGGAGUCAAAGAUGCCGACUUUGUUGCGAUCGGGCUUGGGGGCACAAACAUGCUGGCCAUGUUGUGGGCCAUAGCCAUGGGCCGUCGUGCAGUCGGCGUCGAUUUGCGUGGUGAUCCAUUCCUGGGAGUACAUUGGAACAUACGCGAAGACAUGUACCACCAGCUGGGGCUCAUUGAUAGGAUGAUGAUGGACCGUUACGGGGCGGAUAUCCUCCCAAAGAGACUUGAUGGGUCACUCCUCAAACUAGCUGACCUGUUCUACCACAAGUCGACCAAGUCUCGGGACAUAAUACCGGGAGCAAUCAUCGAAGGCUAUGACAGAUCACAUCACAUGACUGGCGACAUCCACAACAUCGAGUAUAUUGAUGAUCGCUGGAAGAAUGGAAAGCCACAUCGCACAGUUACCACGGUUCCGCCUCCGACUAUUCCGACUCAUCCGGAUCCGAGCAAGAUACGGACCAAUAUGGCAGAAGUGCUUGAUGGACCUUCAACGUGGCAGGCCGCUGCGUUUUCUAUCCAGUUACUCCUCCGCCGAUAUCUCGAGGCGCUUGAGAAGAUUGACCUCGCGGCCGAAAGAACCCCUAGGUGUCGUCUGUUCACUAAGCAUCGCGUAGUUCAGGACGGAAGCGGUCUAGUGCACCUGCCGUGCGGCAAGAUAAGCAUACGCAUUGAAGAAGUUAUGGAGCUUCAGUAUAUUAAUGAUCUCCAACGGAUCCGUACUCCAGGAAGCAACUUCAUUGACCUUGGCGUUUCCGAACUCUGUAGCUUUGCAACAGGCAUAAAUUGCCGUGAAGCGGAGCAGUUGGGAUUCCAACAGCAUGAUGUGGAAGUAGACCAUGGUGAUGGUCAAGGUCCGAAAGUAGCACAAGCAGACUUUGUCGCUGGGCAGUUCAACAUCCUGGUCGACGGGCGCUUGCGCCGCCGCAUCGCUUCCGAGUUCGAUCAACAUGGGAAUGAGUCCUGGGUGCGUCAAAUAGCUGUUGGUCAUGAGGGUGAUCCCCGAGUGUCGUGGCUCAUUGUUGAAGUGCCUGAGUUUGUAUCCUUGUGUCCCAUCGAGCGUGGGCUGGUGGGCGAGCAUACAAGCAAAGAAUCUGCCGAAUACUUUGCAAGCUACCAAAUCUUGCUGUACGACUACUACAUCUCGCAAGCUUCGCUUGUUCUCGAGAUCCCGACUGACGAGCUCCGCCGCGUGAGCAUGGUUUAUGGCCCCAAACCCUUCAGUCUUGUCGAGCGCAUUGGAACCAAUGCUCGCGUCGCAACAAAUGCCGUCGUGGCGGGUGACUCAUUUGGCAAUGGUCACUUUCUGCAUUCAGCAGGUGCCAUGUGCGGUAUGCUAGGGCACGCGUAUCGGUUCCUGGAAUACUGGCAACGCCGUGAUGACUCGCAUUGCGCAGAGUCUUCUGUGCGUCUGCUUGCGGACCGUAUUAAAUCCGACACAGAAGCGCUGCUCGAAGUCAGUGCGAAAGAGUUUAGCCAAGCUAUACCUAGUAAUUUCGGUGCGGAGAGGGGAAAGAAGGUUGCAGCUGCUAGUGGAAUUGCAGAAGGAAAGCGGGCGAAGGUGGGGGCGAAGAGAGGGAGAAGAUGGGCUCAGGCGCCCUUGAAUCCUACUGAUUGGAGGCGUGUGUUCAUGAGGAAUGGGAGGACAUGGAGCGAUAAGCUGCCCAAGAUUAACGACAGGCAUCCAGCGCUAAGAAUGCCGAAAGCAAAGCUUUGA